AUGGCUGCGCAGCCGAACGCCCCAGCUGCCGCGCAGCCCGUGCCCCAGAUCGUCCGCUUCAACCGCCAUGACCCCGACGACGUCGCCGAGCAGGUCGCAAAAGUGCUCGAGGUGUACCCACGACUCGACCAAGAGCGCAUCGCCGAAGCGGUCCGGGAGGGCCACCCGGGUGAAGUGGUCGUGGAGAUGAUCCUCGAGGGCCGCCUGGUCAUCGAGCGUCGAGUCUCUGACCGCAUUCACGACAUCAGCCAGCGCCUUCUUGAAUACCAGGACAGCAGUGACGAGUCGAGCGAUGAG